GGGCCGCUCCGUCCCCACAACUCCCGGCGGAUGGUGGGCGCCGCGCGGUGCGUGUGGGGCUGCGGCGGCGGAGGGGGGGAGAUGGGGUUGUGCCCCAGCACCUCCAGCGGCCCCCGCAGCCGCGCUGCCGCCAUGAACUGCCGUGCUGAAGUGCUGGAGGUGUCGGUGGAGGGCCGGCAGGUGGAGGAGGCCAUGCUGGCCGUGCUGCACACCGUCCUGCUGCACCGCAGCACCGGCAAGUUCCACUACAAGAAGGAGGGCACCUACUCCAUUGGCACUGUUGGCACUCAGGAUGUGGACUGCGACUUCAUUGAUUUUGCUUAUGUCCGUGUCUCCUCCGAGGAGCUCGACCGGGCCCUGCGCAAAGCUGUGGGGGAAUUCAAGCCCCCCCCGUGCCGCCCGCAGGACGCGCUGCGCAGCUCAGGCAGCGACGGGAUGGGGCAGAUCUCCUUGGAGUUCUACCAGAAGAAGAAAUCCCGUUGGCCCUUCUCGGAUGAGUGCAUCCCCUGGGAGCUGUGGACCAUCAAAGUGAACGUGGUGAACCUGGCCAACGAGCAGGAGAGGCAGAUCUGCCGCGAGAAGGUGGGCGAGAAGCUGUGCGAGAAGAUCAUCAACAUCGUGGAGGUGAUGAACCGCCACGAGUACCUGCCCAAAAUGCCCACCCAGUCCGAGGUGGACAACGUCUUCGACACCAGCCUGAAGGACGUGCAGCCCUACCUGUACAAGAUCUCCUACCAGAUCACCGACACGCUGGGCACCUCCGUCACCACCACCAUGCGGCGCCUCAUCAAGGACACGCUGGCGCUGUAGGGCCCGUGGAUGUGGGGCGCCUCCCCUGGAGGUGCUUUCGGAGCCCUUUGGGAUCUUCCAUCCCUCCUCUCUGCCUCUGAGAGCCUCUGUGAGGACCUGGGCUGGCUCUGCCCCCUAAUUGUGGGGUGAUGCUCCCGUGGUGCUCGCCCGACCCAAGGAACCGGCUCGGCAGCCCUGAGGGUGGGUGAGUGGUUGCCCCACAGCCUGCCCCACAGCCUGCCCCACGCCCUGCCUUCCUGUGGGGCAGAAAUAAAUUAUUUCCCCUUUCCCA